AUGAUACCACUGAUAAGACGUUUACAAUAUGAAGAGGACACAGAUAAUAAACAGAUAACGAGAUCUUCAAGCAAUGAAGUCAUAGGACAAGAAGAAUAUAAUUAUGCUGUCACAUUUAAGGAUUCUAAAGUUACAUCAAUAGAAGUAGGGGUAUCUAGAUCAAGAAGUUUGAAAGGAAUUGUCAAAAGGACAUCAGAUCUAGUUUGCUUCUCUCGCAGUUCAAAUAUAAAGGCUGAUAUUGGUCCUUUAACUACAUCUAGAUCGAUGAAAUAUUUUUUAAAUUACGAUUUAAAGAGGAAUGUCUUGCCAUUAGAGUUGAAAGAUGCAUGCGAUGAGCUGAGGAAAGGGCUAUCAAUGAUUAGAGUAACAAGAAGAAAGAAAGUAGCGCAUAUUUUCAAACUUAAUGGUACAGAUUCAAUAAAGUGGAACAAUAACGAAAAAUCACUGGAGAUAGACUCAAUAAAAGACAUCAGGGUAGAUACGCUGGCCAUAAACUACCGUAAAGAAUAUAAUAUCCCAGAUAGUUCUUCAAAUCUUUGGAUAACCGUUAUUUUCGAAGUUUCUAAAAAAUUAAAGGCACUUCAUUUAAUAGCAAAUAAGCAUACUGACUUUCAAACCUUUUGUACUUGCAUUGGAGGAUUAGUUAAAUACAGAUAUGAUUUGAUGAAAAGUGUCUCAGUUCCAGAAAGUGAAAAGUUUGCAAAUAUCCACUGGCAUUCUUCAGUUUCUGAGAAAAAAGAGGAUGAAAGUAAAGAUACUCUUUCUUUUGUUGACAUCAAAAGAUUGUGUGAUAAAUUUCAUAUUUAUUGUUCAUCCAAGCACUUGCUAAAGUUUUUUACGGCGGCUGAUAUUAAUCACAAUGGACUUCUCAAUUUCAAAGAGUUUCAGACGUUUGUUCAGCUUCUAAAGAGAAGAGAUGAAAUUAUUAAAGUUUGGGAGUCACUGACCAAUUGCCGUCAGUAUUUAAAUCUAGAUGAAUUCCAUGAAUUUGUCACUAAAAUCCAGAAGGAGAAAGAGGACAAAGCAUCAAUAUUUACAAUUUACAAUAAAUUUAAAAGUCCAGAUAAGAAGUAUAUGGAUCUAAAUGGUUUCAUUAACUACCUUUCUUCCCAACCAUAUAUCAAUGAUGAUGUCGUUGAUUAUUCAAAGCCGUUAAAUCAUUACUAUAUUGCAUCAUCACAUAACACAUAUCUUUUAGGUAAACAAUUUGGCGAAACCCCAUCUGUCGAAGGGUAUAUCCAAGUCUUACAACAGGGGUGUCGUUGCGUAGAAAUCGACAUAUGGGAUGAUGAAAAUGGACCUGUUGUUUGUCACAGUUUUUUGACAUCUUCUAUCCCAUUAUUAGAUGUUGCUAGUGUUAUUAGAAAAUAUGCGUUUAUCACAUCACCUUACCCUUUAAUCAUCUCGUUAGAAACCAAUUGUAAUAAAAUAAAUCAAUUAAAAGCUGUUUCAAUAUUCAAAGAUAUUUUUGGUGACAGCCUUUGUACCAAUAUAUUAGAUGGCGAUGCUUUAGCAUCUCCCGAAUCAUUGAAACUAAAGGUAAUAUUAAAAAUAAAAAAGACAAAAAGAUUAGACGACAUUGAUAAUUCUAAAUCUUCACUUUCUCUAUCUUCAUCAUCUUUUGAAAGCACUGGAUCGUCUCAUGGAUCAUCAUUUGAGUCAGAAUAUGAGGCAACAUCGUUCUAUGAUCCUGAGAACAAAACCUCUAAAUUAUCCUCUAUGGGUAUUAGGAGACGAAUUAGAAGGAUGAGCAUGAAAAAGCAGGUUCAUAUAAUAGACGAGUUAUCGGAAAUUGCAGGUAUUCAGGGUUUAAAAUUUCGUAACUUUUCCUUACCAGAGUCUAAAACACGAAUCCAUUGCUUUUCACUUAAUGAAAAGAAACUCGAACAUUUAUGUAAGGAUACUACUCAAAAAUUAGCAGUUGACAAACACAAUAGAAGAUUCCUAAUGAGAAUAUACCCACAUGCAUUACGUUAUAAAUCAUCAAAUUUUGAUCCUAUCAAAUGCUGGGAAAUUGGUACUCAAAUGGUGGCUACAAACUGGCAAACUAAUGAUCUUGGUCAUCAAUUAAAUUUGGCACUUUUUAAACUGACAGAUCAAAAACAAGAGUUAUUGCAUACUGGCUAUGCAUUAAAACCCCCAAAAUUGUUACCAGAAGUUACUAAAUCGAGAGAUUUAACCCAAUUAUACAAGGAGACCAAAAAGGAUCCAGUUACCGUUUGUAUUACACUGCUAUCUGGUCAAUUACUUCCAAAACCCAAGAACAUCAAGAGUAAUGAAGAUACAUUUGCACCUUACGUGGUUACUGAAUUCAUCUGUAAUUGUGAACCUGUAAAACCACUGAUGGUCAAAUUUGGAACUGCACUUUCACCAAAAGUUUGCUCAACUCCUCGCUGUAAGGAAAACGGGUUCAGUCCAACAUGGAAUACAGAAAUGUGUAUUACUUUGAAGGAUAUAGAACUUGCCUUUGUUAAAUUUACAGUAAAAACAGAAGAAUCGAUAUUAGCGUCAUGUACCUUGAAAUUAGACUACAUCAGAAAGGGUUAUCGCCACAUUCCAUUAUAUAAUCCCAAAGGUGAGAAAUAUAUAUUUUCCACCCUAUUCAUUAACACAAGAGCAUAG